CGGUUGUAUCGACGCUCGUUUUUUCCACAGUGGCAUCGAAUGUCCGUGGUCUCGUGUUGUCGAACACGACAGUAAACAGUCCGCAACAGCACAGCAUAUGCCGAGCACGGCACACGCUGUGCUUUGCGCCGACCGCAGUUAGCCUGCAGCGUCCGUUGUCGUGCCGAACACGAAGUAGUGUUUUUCUUUCCUGGAACCCGGGAGCCGCAGCGCCGCUGUCGUGACAAACACGACCACGAUGCUGUUUUCCGCGGCUCCGUCAUGUCGAACACGGACGCUGUGCCCUUCUCGACCCCACGACAGCGGCGCUGCGGCUCCCGGGUUCCAGGAAAGAAAAACACUACUUCGUGUUCGGCACGACAACGAUGCUGUCUUCCGCGGCUCCGUCGUGUCGAACACGGAUGCUGUGCCCUACUCGACCCCACUUGGGGAUCGCGUGCUGGACACGACCACGCUCGUGUUGGACACGACGACACCCGUGUUGGACUCGACGAUGACUGUGUCGACGACGACCGUGUCGGAUAGGACGACGAUUGUGUCGGACACAACGACGACCGUGUUCGAGACGACGACGGUCAUGCUCCACCUGACGACGAUGGCGUUCGACACGACGAGGAUCGUGUUCAACACGAGCGUCGUCGUGCCCGACACGACGAUGACAAUGUUGGACAGAACGACGAUCGUGUCGAACACCUCGACGAUCGUGUCGGACACGAUGACGAUAGUGCUCGACACGAUGAUGAUCGUGUCCGACACCUCGGCGGUCGUGCGCGACACGAUGGCGGGCGUGCUCGAUACGACGACGAUCGUGUUCGACACGAUGACGAUCGUGCUCGACACGACGACGAUCGCGUUCGACACGACGACGACCGUGGUCGACACGACGACGAUCUUGCUCGACACGACGACCUGCACAAAUAAACGCCAUAAAGAACUGUUGGAGGAAAUUUGAGGAGCACCGUCGAGUCGAACACGACAACGGACCGGAGCAGGAGUCAUCUCGGACACGGCGAUCGGGCCGGUCGUCGAAUCGAACUCAACGCCUGAGCGAAUCGUCGUGCCGAAGACGACGAUUGGAGGAGCACCGUCGAGUCGAACACGACAACGGACCUGGAACAGGAGUCGUCUCCGACACGGCGAUCGGGUCGGUUGUCGAAUCGAACUCGAUGACCGAGCGAAUCGUCCUGUCGAAGACGACGACAAGAGGAGCACUGUCGAGUCGAACACGACAACGGACCGGAGCAGGAGUCGUCUCAGACACGACGAUCUGGCCGGUCGUCGAAUCGAACUCGACGACCGAGCGAAUCGUCGUGCCGAAGACGACGACUGGAGGAGCACCGUCGAGUCGAACACGGCAACGGACCGGAGCAGGAGUCGUCUCGGACACAAGGAUCUGGCCGGUCGUCGAAUCGAACUCGACAACCGAGCGAAUUGUCGUGCCGAACACGACCGUCGAGUCCGACACAAUCGUCGAGUCCAACACGAUCAUGCCCUGUUGUCGAGUCGAACACGAUUGUCCCUGCCGCGUCGAGUCAAACACGAUUGUCCGAUGAGAUCCUCAAGUCGAAGACGAUCGUGCCCUGUCGUUGAGUCGAACACGAUCGACGAGUCGAACACGAAUGUCGAGUCCGACACGAUCGUCCAGUCCGACACGAUCGUCCAGUCCGACACGAUCGUUGAGUCCAACACGAUUGUGCCCUGUCGUCGAGUCGAACACGGUCGUGCCCUGUCGUCGAGCCGAACACAAUCGUGCCCUGUCGUGGAGUCCGACACGAUCGUCGUCGAGCCCGACACGGUCUUCGAGUCCAACACGAUCGCGCCCUGUCGUGGAGUCGAACACGAUCGUGCCCUGCCAUCGAGUCGAACACGAUCCUGCGACUGGCCGCUCAAGAUGGAUCGGGAGGGGAAGCCGAACAAACAACGUGCUAGUAGAAGUUCCGGGAGCAUGGAGCAAUCUCCGAAAAAAACGAAGGGGACACCGACCGCUGGCAUAGGGACUGAUGAGACACCAGGGUCUACGGGCCAACGAGCCCCGGUGCUGCGGGGUGCGCCUUCUACGGGCACUCCUUCCACUCGUGUUCGCAGUUCUGGACCGGAUGUGGCUGUGUUGAUGAGUGGCGGGCCUGCGGGUCAGGAGGAGGUGACUGGUGGUCGGCAGGGGAAAUCUGCGAUAGACGUUGUGCCCAGGCGUAAAAGGUCUGGUGAAACAUCCGUAGUAGGUGUGGGGGACGAGGUGCCCGUCGUCGACCACAAAGACAAGUGCUGGAUGUUGGACUGGGUGGGUGGAAUCGGGGAACCCUCGAGUGGACUGGUUCUGUACGUGGGGAUCAAAGAUAACAUUGUGCCGAUUGGCGGUGUGGUGAAGUGGAGUGGACGAGGUUCACCGUUUGUCAUGUUGAAGUUGACGAUGGUCCUUAAAGCUAAAGGUGAGCGGAUGAUAUAUGUCAAACGCGUUGCUCUACGUUGGGCCAAACACGCUGGGUACGGUAAGACGCUUUAUGAUAUUUUCAAUCCGCCGGGGACGAAGAAAUCGAAGUUGUGGGACCUUCCAUCGGUUUUCGCAUUCUUCGAUAGUAAUGUGGUCGCAGGGCAGGAGCCGGUGGCGCAUCCCGACGACCGCAUAUCUGAGCCGAAAAGUGUGCUUUCGUCAUCCUUGGAGGCGGCUCCCUCGUCGAGACCACUCACUAUAGGUGUCCGCCCUCCGCAAUCCCUUCGGACUCCGAUUGCUGCAACGCGAGUUCCGAAAUCUGGGCAGAUCGGGGAGAAAGGUCCGUGUCGCGGCCAAAUCGUGCCGUCAGCCCCUAUGAAGUCCAGAACAACAUCAACCAAGGAACCCUUUUCCUUGGUCCACCCACCACAUUAUGACUUCACCAUUCCAAGCCGGCUGCAAUAUUUUGGAGAUGACGACGAGGAGAACAGCGAGGAAGAUUCAGAGCGCGACGAAGAACGUGAAGAAUAUGAGGAGGGUGGCGAUGACAGAGGAGAGCGUGGGGAAGAACCUCAAGUAGAGAGUGAGCAGACAAUCAGCGAGAGGGGUGGCGAAUUAGAGGGUGGGCUAGGGAUUGAAUAUAUGGAUGAAGGGCAAGAAGAGGAAACGACCGGCAAGGGAGGGUAUGUAGAUGUUCAUCGGGGUCGCAAACGAAAGCAACAGCUCCCGCCAGGACAUGGACAUUGGGAUGUGGAUCGAGGGCGCGGGGGAAUGCACCACAAAAUGACGGUCGUGACGGGACAUGCCGGUGCAACACGGCUGGCUGAGAAGAAGAGGAAGAUCAAGCAAAAGAGGAGAAGUGCUUUGGACAGUAAGAGAACCAAGCAGGAGGGGGGUCACAAACGCAAGUUGAAACUGUUGCCAAUGGAUGAGGCGAUCCAGCGUACGCGAGAGGCUGAGGAGGCCAUGAAGAAAAAACGACAGCCAAGGAAAAAAGCAGCGAAGGGAGGUGUGAUGGAAAAAACUUUCGUUUCCCCAGCGGACCACCCACAAUCAGAUGAAGACGCUGUGGGCAAGACAGUCACCAAACCGCCAAGUUUGCAGAUUCUGCCGCUUGGGAACUCUUCUGGUCAUCUGGGCAAAGGCUUCUUCCUUGAGUUCGGCGAGAAUGGUAACCAGAGGCCGGACAUGCAGUUCAUUUUUGUCAAGUUUGACAGGAUUCUGGAUAUCCCUGACGAGGAGUUCAGAUAUAAUCAACGUUUUCUCGGUCAACAACAUGUUGAUGACAUUUACGAUGCAAUGGUUGAAUAGAGUGAGGCAGCCAUCAGAGAGAGAACGACCGGAGCAGUCGGGGUGAAUGUAUGUAUGUUAUAUGAGAAGCCUGCCUUUUUGUUGGUUGGGCUACAUGAUACAAUGCAUACUGACGCUUCCGGAACAAAUGCGAGAGCAAGAAGAGUGACGCCCGAUAAAUUCGAUCUCCAAUC